ACAGGGCUGGUGCGGGAGCUGCUGAGGGAGGAGGCCCCGUCUCGCAUCGCUGCCCUCACCGAGGAGCUCUUCCAGGCGGCGGGGAGCAUCUCUGAGGAGGAUGGGAGUGCGGCUGAGGUUGAAGAGGGUGCAGUAAGCCUGUGGAACUGGGCUGUGACCAAAUACAUGGGUUCUGUUGUCAAUGAUGAGCAAAGAGCUAAACUACGGUUUGUUGCUUGCAGAUUGGUGUGCCUUUGUGAAGGCAGUGAUCCUUCAGAGGGAACUAUUCGAAGACAGAUUUUGAUGUCUAUGAAAACUGGGAAAGCAUGGAUAGAUAUGGGAAAAGCUGAUCUUGCCGAUGGAUUUCUAGAGAUUGCCAUGAGUAGCAUAGAAAAACUCUAUGCGAAGUUACUUAAGGGGAGCAGUAGUGAAGCAGAUACUCAUAUGCACAAAGCUGAUGUGGAGAAGAACCUCUUCAAAGUACUCUCUUAUCAGGCUGAAUCAGCAGUUGCUCAAGGGGAUUUUCAGAAAGCAGUGAUGUGCGUGCAGCGCUGCAAAGAUAUGUUGAUAAAAUUGCCAAAAGAGACCUGUUACCUGUCAAUCCUCUGCUACAAUUUUGGAGUGGAAACAUAUGAACGGAAGAGGUAUGAAGAGAGCUCCUUCUGGCUCAGCCAGAGUUAUGACAUUGGGAAGAUGGACAUGAAAUAUUCUGUUGCCAAAGAAAUGCAGGCUAAAGUGCUGCGAUUGUUAGCUACAGCCUAUUUCGAGUGGGAUUGCAAUCUGUAUCUUGACAAGGCAUUGAAAGCUAUAAGCUUGGCAAAUCAGGAAGAUUUGCAUCCAGCAGGGUUUUUUUUGAAAGUUAAAAUUCUUCUUAAGAGUGGAGCAUCAGAUGAAGAUAUCAACUCAGCUCUUGCAGAAUUCCUGCACCAUGAGAUGUCUUUAGACUUUUGUUUGAAUACUGCCAAAUUGCUGCUGGAGCAUGGAAGGGAAUCAGUUGGUUUUGAUUUUCUGAAAUCUGUUUCUGAACGAUUUGAAUCUUCGCCUGACCUUGGAAGAAUUACCCUGCUCCACAUCGAGUGUCUAUUGCAGAAUAAGAGGGAGCUGCUUGCUAAGCAAAAGGUUGAAGAAGUUAUUAUAGGUCAUUAUACUGGGAAACAGCUGUUGCCUGAAGCCUUGAACCAGCUGCACAUCAUCUUGUGGGACAGAGCUGCCAAACAUUAUGAGGCAAAAAGCUAUUCUGAAGCUCUUCACUGGUACAAUUAUUCUGUCAGCUUCUACACACCUGGGCAGAUAGAUCAGAACUUGGCUAAGCUGCAGAGGAACAUGGCUUCUUGCUAUCUUCAUCUGAAACAAGUUGACAAGGCUAAAGAGGCAGUUAAAGAAGCAGAGAGGUGUGAUCCAAACAGCAUCUUUACUAAAUUCAGUGUCUAUAAGAUUGCAGUGAUGGAGAAAGAUACUGAUAAAGCUGUGGAAACAGUUAUUGAAAUGGGGAAACUAGCAGAAAAGCCAUCUCAACAUGAAGACAAGCUGAGAGUGGAUGAAAAUACAGGCACUAACCUCCUGAGUUUAGCUGCCCAAAUUGCUUUAGAGAAUGAACAACAGGUUGUGGCUAUCAAAGCUUUGGAGUAUUUGUCUGAACAUUUACAAGACUGCCGACAAUUAUUUGCAGCUUUAAAAUGUUUGGUUCGUCUUAUGUUGUCAAAGGUCAUGGCAGAAGGUGAAGAGGAAAGAGAUGAAGAUAUCAACUCAAUGCUGACUUACUUGACCUUGGCUCACAAGAGACUUGCGGAGUCUUUCACAGAAGAGAAAUUUACGGGGGACAUGAGGAUCCUUGAAGCUCACUGGUUUAGAAAAGUUGCUUGGAACUUAGCUGUACGGUUCAGGGGCUGCCCUGAAAAGAUGAGGGAUUUUUUCCUACUGUCUUUCAAGUUGUCCCAGUUUUGUCCUUCUGACAAAGCUGUUCUAAUUGCUCAGAAGACAUGCCUGUUAAUGGCAGCUGCAGUUGAUCUGGAAAUGGGGAGACAAGUAACACCUUCUGAACAGAUGGAGCUUUUGACUCAGGCCCUUCAACAUCUCCAGGCAUGCAAGGACAUAUGGAAAGUUCUGAAAUUAACAGGAGAUUUUGCUAAAGACCCAACAGACACAUUGUUGCUGCUUUAUGAAUUUGAAGCAAGAUCCAAGCUGAAUGAUCCAACACUCCACAACCUUAUGGAGUCAGUAUGGGAGCAACCACAAAUAGAAGUCAAGACGCUGGAGAUCAUUGCAUCAUUAGCAAUGGAAUCGCCAGCUCGGUAUCCUGUACUGUGUAAGAAAGCUCUCAAGAGUGCACUAAACCUUCACAGAAAGCAGACUGUCAUUGAUGCUGUGAAAUUUAGCAAAUGCUUACAUAGUUUGAUUAAUCUUUCUUUGCCGACUGGAUUAACAGACUUGGAUGCCUGUGUACUGCAGGAGGUGUGGGACUACUUUGAAGAUGCUCUGAGCAUAGUCAGCAGCACAGAUGCUUACCCGGAGAUGGAGAUCCUUUGGUUGAUGACAAGAGCCUGGAAUACAGGAAUAUUUCAGUAUACUGUUGGUAAAUACAAGGAAGCUGAGCAGUGGUGUGGAUUAGGAAUGCGUUUCCUCAGUCACUUAGGAUCUCUGAAGAAAAGCUAUGAAGGCCAUAUGAUUGGUCUUUAUAGUGAGGUUCUGGACAAAUUGGACAGAGCAAAAGGGUUUCUUCCAAAUGAAGAAGAAUAA